AUGAAUGCAAUCAAAGAUAAAUUAACGUUCGAUCCUUAUGAAGUCCUUGGGAUCAGCAAGGGAAGUACAGAUGCGGAAGUAGUUAAAGCAUUCAGGAAGAGUGCCUUGAAAUGGCAUCCAGACAAGAACCUGGAGAAGAAAAAACUUUCUGAGGAAAUGUUCCUGAAAAUUUCGCAGGCCUUUGAAUUAUUAUCUGAUCCUGCUGCGAGGGAAGCAUACGACCAACUACAGGCUGCGAAAACUGCCAAAGCAGUUUAUUUAGAAAAAAGGAGACAAACUGAAAGUGCUCAGCGAGCUAAGUUUCGCGAAGAAUUAGAACGUCGUGAAGCAAAUGCAGCAAACAGUCAAGAAGAAGCAAAAGUUGCUGAAAGAAAUUUUGAAAAAGAGGUGAUAGAGCGGCUGCGUAAAGAGGGUUCGCGGUUGCUGCAACGGGAAAGAGAAAACAUAGAGAAAGAAAUACACAAGAGUUAUAUGCCUUUUGCCACGCCGCCUAGUUGCUCCACAGGUUGAGA